AUGUCGACAGAAACAAAAACGACGGUUUACAAAACUAUACGUUUAAAUUCUCCAGUAAAAUAUCAAUCAGUUCCAAUAUCAUUAAAUUUAAACAAAAAUGUACCUAAACCUAAGACUGUAACCAUAAAAUUAAAUUCUCCUUCAUUAUCAUCAUCAUCAUCAUCAUCGUCAUCAUCAUCAUCAUCAUCGUCGUCGUCGUCGUCGUCGUCGUCACCAUCGUCAUCAUCGUCAUCAUUACCUUUACGAACAUCAAAGAGAGAUGAUUUUGGUUUUUGCGAAGAAUGUAAUAAACAAUAUACUUCAAAAAAUUAUUGUUCAUCAUGUUUUUCUUCACAUUUUCAAAAUAAUUUUGAUAAAUGGAAAAGUGGAAAUGAUAAUAUUGAUAAAUUAAUAAAAUCAUCACAAUCUUCUAAUAAUAAACGUAGAGUUUUUAUUGAAUGGAUACCUUAUGAUGAUUUACAUGAUGUUAAAUAUAUAUCAAAAGGUGGUUUUAGUACAAUAUAUUCUGCUUAUUGGUCAAAAGGUCCAAUUAUUAAUUGGAAUCAAUCAAAAAAUGAUUGGAAUCGGGAUGGUGAAUUUAAAGUUGCAUUAAAAAGAUUACAUAAUUCUCAGAAUAUUUCUAAAGAUUUCUUAUAUGAGUUUGAGAUUUCGUUGCUCCAUUGUUCUGGUAAUCAAAAUAAUGAAAUUUUGCCAAUAUAUGGAAUAACGCAAGAUUCCAUAACGAAAGAUUAUAUGAUAAUAACUAAAUUCGUUGAACAAGGAAAUUUAAGAAAUUUUAUUAAUAAUAAUUUUAUUACUCUUUCAUGGUUACAAAAACUCGAAUUAUUACAAUCGAUAGCAAUCGGACUUAAUAAAAUUCAUUCAUCAGGGUUAAGUCAUAAUGAUUUUCAUUCUGGUAACAUACUUGUUUCCAAUGAAAAGUCUAAUUUAUCAAUAUUUAUAUCGGAUUUGGGAAUUUCGGGUCCAGCUGAUAGAUCAUAUGACCCAUUUGGGGUGAUGCAAUACACACCCCCUGAAAUACUUCGUGGUCACAAUUACACAAAAUAUUCAGAUGUUUACUUCUUUUCCAUGUUAAUGUAUGAAAUUUCGGUUGGCGUUCCCCCUUUCAUUAACGUUUCGCGUGACCAAUUAAACGAUUUAAUCUUUGAUAUUUGUGAUGGACUUCGACCAAUUUAUAAUUCUAAAUAUAUUCCAAAAUCUUUUGAAAAAAUAAUGAAACAAUGUUGGGAUGAUGAUGAAUUUAAUAGACCUCUUAUCUCUCAAUUAGUUGAUAUUAUUGGAAAUUGGAUUAAAGAAAUUAAAGAAAAUAAUAUUAAUUCGCAAUUUAAUAAAUGUGAACAACAAAUUCGAUUGAAAUAUCCUUUAUAUAAAUAUGAUAUUUAUAAAAGUCAACAAAUUAAAACUACUGAUUUGGGAAAAGAAGAUUUUGAACAUGAUGAUGAUAACGAAGAAUUAAAUUUUAAUGAGAAUGAUAGUGAUGAAGAUAUUGAAUUAAAUGAAGAUUUUGAACGCAGAGUUCAAAAUAGAUUCGUGAAACUAACGAGGAAAGAUUUAAUGAAAUGGCUCGAAAAUGUUGACGAAUCUUUUGAUCCAAAUCGUUCAUAUCCUAGAUAA